CCGACUCUCUUACUUAUCAUGAACUUGCAACUCACUAUGCACUUGCUUGUUUUUGUCAUUGUCACUGUUGUGUACUCGGCUGCUAUGCCUGUAGAUUGCAUUUCACAUAUUCCACAGAUAGCUGGACGCAAUGGUCCAAAGGAAAUCUUGGAAGCUCUUGAAUCUCCGCAACCAAAUGCUGUUUUCAAACGUGUGGCUGGUGACACAACUGAAGCUGCUGCCCUGGAGUUUCCUCAACCCAAUGUCAUCUUUAAACGUGCUAUAAGUAAUCAGCUAUGCAAGAGUGUUUAAGUCCAUCGUUGCCAAACCUGUUGUUUUCAAAUGAAGAUUAUGAUAAAAUGUUGCAUAUAUGGUGGUUGAUGUUAUGACAGUUUCUCGGGUCAUCUCCUUGAUUUACGCCCUGAUUCCUGAUGUGGUGUUACUCAGUGCACAGGUCACACAUGGGACUUAUGAAUGAUCAUCAUUCUCUUCUCAUCAAUGUGUUCAAUCUGAGCUAACUGCAUUUGGUCCUUGAUUUGUGUGAUCAAUUGAUACAGUUCAUGUCGAUAUCUUAACACCACGGCAACAAUGAAUGGCAUUCUCUCACACAUAGCCUUUGUACUUCAGUCAUUUAUAAUGGACUGUACCGCUGGUAUCUCACAUAUCCC